AUGGCAUCGACCUCACUACCGCCCCGAGCGGGCCAGCUGGACCUAUCCAAGAAGCUAUCAGAGCUACGAUCAAGCAAUAAUCGCCGAUCCCAGACCUCGUCCGCACGAGAUCCAACCCCGAUCACCCCUCCUCUGCCUUCGCCGCCUAACCUUUCCACCCAUUCAUACUCCCACCCCGUUCGCCGCAUCCUAUCCCCGAAAGACCAUGAGCUCUUCCAGGCAUCUCCGACCUACAAACUUGUACUAGCUUUUAUCUUUGGUCUGUCUGAUUCAGUACGCGGGCGGGCGAUUACCGAUCUACAAAACAAACCCGACUCUCCACACAUUACCAAAAUCUCCUCCAUAGUUGGGAAGCUACAGUCACUCCUAGAGAAGCACCCGGCACUUGACCAGGGCGGGUCCCGAUUCGGUAACCCUGCUUUCAGAGCUUUCUUCGACGAUGUCGCUGCACAGAGCGCAUCAUGGCACAACGAGAUCCUGGGCCUGGCGGACCUUGCAGCGAUCGAUGAGGCGUCAACAUAUCUUGUCCACUCUCUAGGCUCACGGGACCGACUAGAUUAUGGUUCAGGCCAUGAGCUGAACUUUAUGAUGUGGCUUCUAUCACUCUACCAGUUGGGCCUGCUUUCAAGGAACGACUUCCCUGCAGUGGUAUUCAAGGUCUACGUGCAGUACCUGCAUCUCAUGCGGGACAUUCAAUCCACAUAUUACCUUGAGCCGGCAGGGUCACAUGGUGUCUGGGGAUUGGACGACUACCAUUUCCUCCCAUUCCUGUUCGGAGCCAGCCAGCUGGUAGAUCAUCCAUACAUCACGCCGCUAGGCAUUCACAGUGGAGCAAUGUUGGACGAGGAAGGCGACAAGUACAUCUAUCUUGAUCAGGUGCGGUGGGUGGACAGCGUCAAGACUGUCAAGGGUCUCCGUUGGCACAGCCCCAUGCUGGAUGAUAUUUCUGGUGCCAGGAACUGGUUCAAGGUGGAGAGUGGUAUGAAGAAGAUGUUUGUCAAGGAGGUCCUCGGCAAGCUUCCUAUCAUGCAGCACUUCCUGUUCGGAAGUCUGUUGCCCGCUGCCAAGGGGAUGGGCGAGCUUUCCGAGGACGGGGAGGAGGAUGGACAUGAAGAUGGCCAAUGUCAUGAUCAUCCUCAUGGCCACUCGACUACUGAUUACUUCGGCGACUGCUGCGGCAUCAAGGUCCCCAGUACGAUCGCGGCUGGAGCAGAAAUGCGUAAGCGGAUGGGCGGGUCGAACUUGCGCCCGAUUCCUUUUGAUUAA